GCAUUGGUCCCCUUCUGCAGCGCGGAGCGAUGCGGUCCAGCCAUCGUCAGGGCCACCUGCAGAAGCAGCUUUGGGCUCGGUAUUGGCAUCGGAGGCUCGUGCAACUCUGGAAUCAGUCUGGCCCUCGACUCAACCCACCGGUGCACCAGCGGACCGGCCAUCACCUGCAAUUGCAGCUGAGCAAUCGGCCUGGCCGUCGAUGACCCCUGCAGAUUCCACUGUGGACUCUGUGUGGCCAUCGGCGCCGCCUUCGGGUGCAACUGAGAAACAGGUCCGGCCAUCGAUGACGCCUGCAGAAGCCACUGUGGACUCCGUAUGGCCAUCUGCA